AUGUCUUCUGAUCCGAAUGGUCAAAAAACAAUGGGCAUCCCCAAUCAUCUUGAAGUUUCAGAUAAAGAAACGCAGCAUGACGACCAAGUGGAUAAGGACACCACUCAAUAUGCCACCGAGGCGGGAGUGACUAUCGAUAAGGCUACAAACAGGCGCCUUUUCUGGAUGAUUAACCGGCGCAUCCUAGCCAUUCAGCUGGUGACAUACUUCUGCCAAGGCCUUGACAAGGGAAAUCUCAAUUUCGCAUCAAUUAUGGGCAUCAAAGAUGACGCUCACCUUGUGGGGCAACAGUAUCAAUGGCUCGGCACAAUUCUAUACAUUGGUAUCCUCCUCGGAGAAUAUCCACAAAACGUCUUAAUCCAGAAACUGCCCCUGGGAAAGCUCCUCUCAGUCAACAUCUUCAUUUGGGGUGCUGUCGUGGCUUGCUCCGCCGCAAGCACCAAUUUUGGCUCUCUGAUGGCAGUCCGAUUCUUGUUGGGAUUCUUUGAGAGCUGCGUCCAGCCAGCAAUGAUGACAUUAACAACUAUGUGGUAUACCAAGGAAGAGCAGUCUUUGCUGAAUUCUCUGUGGUAUUGCAUGUCUGGAGUCCAACUCAUGGUUGGCGGGCUUCUAGCUUUUGGUGUCUCACACUUCACCAAUGGGCCCAUCAAAAACUGGCAGCUUCUGUUCCUCAUCCUAGGAGCAGUCACUUGUGUCUGGUCUGUCUGCGUCGGAGUUCUCCUGCCAGAUAGUCCGAUGUCUGCAAAGUGUUUCAGCGAAGCCGACAAAAAGUUGAUGGUUGAGCGUGUCCGCCAUAACGAGACGGGCAUCCAGAACAAAAAGUAUAAGAAAUACCAGGUGAUUGAAGCAUUGACAGACCCUCUCGUGUGGUGCUGUGUCAUGCUGAUUCUGGUGGCCAAUCUUGUCAUUGGUGGGCUUGGUGUUUUCUCCAACUUGAUCAUUCGAGAGUUUGGCUUUUCUCUCCUUCAAACGCAGUUGCUGAAUAUUGCCCAAGGUGGUUGGACUAUCAUGGUCAUGAUCUCGUCGGCCUAUAUCUCCCAGAAAUGGGGACAAACUUGCUUUACCAUGUUGAUAUGGACCAUCCCUCCGGUGGUAGGAACAAUCGUAAUUCUGGUUGUCAAGCCCACAACAUCUAAUGCAGGGGGGAUGCUCAUUGCCUUCUACUGCACACAGUUCUUCCUCGCUCAAGGAAACAUGAUUAUUUCCAUGAUUACAAGAAACACAGCAGGGCAGACAAAGAAGAGCACCACCAUGACCAUGCUCUUCAUUGGCUGA